AUGGCUCCUCACGUAGACAUCUCGUCAAGCCCCAACUACACCGGCGAGCUGAGCCAGCCGAGUAGUCUGAUUUGUCUAACUAUUACGGCGUACCGAAAUCCAUCACUGGAUGAGGAGGAGUAUCGACGGUAUAUGACCAAGGUACACGCACGGCUAGUUAGCCCCUUAAUGGAGGAGUAUGGCAUUCUUCGGUACACCAUGACACACAACACCAAAGAGACGAGGCCGAUGCUCUUUCAGCUAUACGAUCCGCAAUUCUCAAAGCUUUCAGAGUAUGACUCCAUUGUGCAAUUCGUUUUCAAGGACAUCGACGACUUCAAACGUAUGAAGUCUGAUCCCAAAUUCAUGCGGGAAGUUGCCCCAGAUCACGUCAAGUUUGCAGAUACCAAACGCUCAACCAUGACCGUCGGUUAUUUUGAAGAGUUCGUGAGAGAUGGAAGGGUCGUAGCAAAAGAUUGA